UUGCACCUACCUCAACCAACCGACCCCAACCUCUAAGCCGACUGGGCGUCGCAAGACCCGAACUAUCCUCCUUCGACGACAGCAGCAGGUCAAGCCUCCAAGCGCGAGGAACCCCAGUCUACGGCAAACUGAAGCCCAGUCGCCUGGUCCUCCGAUCCGUGCCAUUGCGCUACAGGCGCUACCGCCCGCCAUGGCGACGCCGACGCUCAACUUCAUCACCUUCAACCAAGACCACAGCUGUCUCGCCGUCGCAACGUCGAAAGGCUUCCGUAUAUAUCACACCGACCCGUUCUCUCGAAUCUUUAGCAGCGAUGAAGGGAGCACAGCUAUCAUCGAGAUGCUCUUCUCGACUUCGCUUGUCGCACUCACCCUCACGCCCCGGCACUUGAUAAUACAGAACACCAAGAGAGGAUCCGUCAUCUGCGAACUCACAUUCCCAUCUGCCGUGCUCGCAGUCCGCCUCAACCGCAAGCGCCUCGCCGUCAUCCUCGAAGAGGAAAUCUAUCUCUACGACAUCUCCAACAUGUCCCUUCUCCACACGAUACAUACAUCCCCGAACCCCGACGCCAUCUGUGCGCUUUCGCCCUCGUCCGAAAACUGCCUGCUCGCCUACCCAUUGCCCGAGCCGCGCGAAGAAGCCGAGAACGCUCGGAGACCAGCCCAUGCGCCGCCGCAGUCUGCCUAUGUGUCGCCUACGUCUGGCAAGGUGCUCAUCUUCGACACUGUUCUUAAGAAGGCAGUCAAUGUGAUAGAAGCCCACCGCGCCCCUCUGAGCUGCCUGUGCCUGAGCAACGACGGGACCCUGCUGGCCACAGCCUCAGAGACGGGCACCAUCAUCCGAGUCUUCUCCGUACCCGGCGGCCAGAAGUUAUAUCAAUUCCGGAGAGGAACAUAUCCCUCGCGCAUCUACAGCAUGUCCUUCAACCUGAGCUCGACGCUGCUCUGUGUGUCGUCCACGUCGGACACCGUCCACAUCUUCCGGCUUGGGCCACCACCCACCCAUGCGACGCCGGGUGGCGCGCCUAUAGAACCCCCCGAGCCCCAGAGGCAAGACCGUUGGUCGCGGGCACGGUCCUAUGACGAAGCAGACUCGCCCGGGAACAGCGCGACAGAGUCCCCUAGGAGCGACGCCGACGCUGCCAGCGGUGGGAAUAAUGGUUCUGGACCGGGUCACCGUAGGCAGUCUGGCUCGUUCAGCAACAUGUUCCGUCGUUCUUCGCAGAUUGUAGGCCGCGGCGUGGCCGGCGUGGUGGGAUCCUACCUUCCGCAAACCGUGACCGAAAUGUGGGAGCCCCUGCGCGACUUUGCCUUUAUCAAGAUCCCAAAGUCCAACAACGCAACGGGGUCGCAGAUGUCUCGCAUAGCCGGCGGCGGCGGCGGCGCGCCGCCACGGAGCGUCGUCGCCAUGAGCAGCAGCAGCCCGCAAGUUAUGGUGGUGACAAGCGACGGCGGCUUCUACGUAUAUAAUAUCGAUAUGGAGAAUGGUGGUGAGGGAUAUCUGGUGAAGCAAUUCUCAGUGCUCGAAGGGGACGACAAUAGGAGCGAGUCUGCAGCCUGAGGAUGACGAUGGUAAUUUUUCGCUGCAUGGGCUUGCUUGUCACUUCUAUUCCAACACGUUUUGCAUAGGACGGGUGUGCUACGUAUGCGUGUUUGCACAUUGAUACCUCCCUGUUUCCGUACAAUGGGCGCUCGCCGUCGGAGUUCAGCGUCUUCGUUUACGGU